GUUCCGGACUUCGUCAAGGUUCACAGUCCACAAAUAUUUUGCGAGCCUCGGACCAGGGUCCCAAUCGAUAGCGUUAGCGCGGACUAGCGCGUCGGCCCAUCUCCGGCGUCGGCUACGCAUACGUCAAGUCAAUCAAGGCAGGCACGCAGGUGACAUACACUGAUGCGCUGAUGGAAACACUGCCAGCAUGGGGAACUCAAGUAGCUCGAACAAGAUCUCUGCCCAGGACAAGGCGAUCCUGGACAUGAAGAACCAGCGCGAUAAGCUGCGACAGUACCAGAAGCGCAUCACUGUGCUGACGAAUCGUGAGAAGGCGAUCGCAAAAGAGUGCUUAGCCAAGGGCGACACAAAUAGAGCCAAGUUGGCGCUUAGGCGGAAGAAAUACCAGGAAGGACUGAUUCAGAAGACGGAUGCACAGCUGGCGCAGUUGGAGGUGCUUACAAGUGACGUCGAGUUCGCACUUGUACAAAAGGAUGUGUUGUUUGGCCUGCAACAAGGUACUGCGGUGCUCAAGGAAAUCCAUAAAGAGAUGGGUGGUAUAGAGAAUGUGGAGAAGCUGCUGGGGGAGAACGCUGAGGCGAGGGCAUAUCAAGAGGAAAUCAGCGAGCUCCUCGCCAACAAGAUGUCGAACCAAGACGAGGACGAAGUCGAAGACGAGCUCGAGGCUCUCGAACAAGAGGUCAACGGCGUCGUUUUGCCCGACGCCCCUGUCCAGCAACCGGAGUUCACGCCAGAAGAGAGGGCACAAAUAGCGAGAGACAGGGCGCAGAGACGAGCCAGGGAACGUGCCGCUGAGUUGGAACAGAGGGCAGAGCCCAUGCUGGCAUAGUCAUUAUCGGGGACAUACGUGCAUUGAGCGAGGCGUUGGUGGCAUUUUGAGUACAGCGAUAAGUGUUGGAGUUCACAUACAGCAUGAUAGACGUCAAAUCAUUUGGUUGAAAGGUGCACGUGCUCGAUUCGUGUCUCUUGAGGCUCGAUUUGCAGUGGCGGUCAUGUCUUGCAUUGCCGUCAUUCCUCACCAUUCCUUUGUAGUCACAAGU